CGCCGAGGCGCUCGUUUGGCGCGCGCGCUGUAAGCUGUAGGUCUGAGCCAGGGUGUUGGGUUUUUCUCUCUUUUCUCCUUGGUUUUUUACUUUUUUCAGACGCUGGUGUCUCCGAGUCUCGACAUGCCGUCUUCUUUACUGGGCUCGGCGAUGCCGGCCUCCACGUCGGCCUCAGCUUUGCAGGAAGCUCUGGAAAAUGCAGGGCGGCUCAUCGACCGUCAGUUGCAAGAAGACCGCAUGUACCCGGACCUUUCCGAGCUUCUCAUGGUGUCUGCCCCAAAUAGUCCCACUGUUUCUGGGAUGUCAGAUAUGGAUUAUCCUCUACAAGGACCAGGUUUGCUGUCAGUACCCAACCUUCCAGAGAUGAGUUCCAUCCGAAGAGUUCCUCUCCCACCUGAACUUGUUGAACAGUUUGGACAUAUGCAGUGUAACUGCAUGAUGGGCGUGUUCCCUCCUAUCAGCAGAGCUUGGCUCACAAUUGACAGUGACAUAUUCAUGUGGAACUAUGAAGACGGAGGAGACCUUGCCUAUUUUGAUGGACUUAGUGAGACUAUUCUUGCUGUGGGACUUGUGAAACCAAAAGCUGGCAUCUUUCAACCUCAUGUACGACACCUCCUGGUUUUGGCAACCCCUGUGGAUAUAGUGAUUCUUGGACUUAGCUAUGCUAAUUUACAAACAGGUUCUGGGGUUCUUAAUGACAGUAUGUGUGGUGGAAUGCAGUUGCUUCCAGAUCCUUUAUAUUCUCUUCCCACUGAUAAUACUUACCUUUUAACAAUAACUUCCACUGAUAAUGGGAGAAUUUUCUUGGCUGGAAAAGAUGGCUGUUUAUAUGAAGUAGCAUACCAAGCAGAAGCAGGUUGGUUUAGCCAAAGAUGUAGGAAAAUAAACCACUCAAAGAGCGCACUUUCUUUCCUUGUUCCUUCAUUGCUACAAUUCACAUUCUCAGAAGAUGAUCCUAUUGUUCAAAUUGCAGUUGAUAAUUCUAGAAACAUUUUAUAUACACGGUCUGAGAAAGGAGUAAUACAGGUAUAUGAUUUGGGCCAAGAUGGACAAGGAAUGAGCAGAGUUGCCUCAGUUUCACAGAAUUCUAUUGUUUCUGCUGCUGGAAACAUUGCUAGGACCAUAGAUCGUUCUGUUUUUAAGCCGGUUGUUCAAAUAGCAGUGAUUGAAAAUUCUGAAUCCCUGGACUGUCAGUUAUUGGCGGUUACACAUGCAGGUGUAAGGUUAUAUUUCAGCACUUGUCCAUUCAGACAACCAUUAACACGACCUAAUACAUUGACACUGGUUCAUGUCCGCUUACCUCCUGGAUUCUCAGCGUCUUCAACAGUGGAAAAGCCUUCAAAAGUACAUAAAGCUCUUUAUAGUAAAGGCAUUCUACUGAUGGCAGCUUCAGAAAAUGAAGAUAAUGACAUUUUGUGGUGUGUCAACCAUGAUACAUUUCCCUUCCAAAAGCCAAUGAUGGAAACCCAGAUGACAACCCGUGUUGAUGGUCAUUCCUGGGCUCUUUCUGCAAUAGAUGAAUUGAAAGUAGAUAAAAUAAUUACACCCUUAAAUAAGGAUCAUAUUCCAAUAACUGACUCACCGGUUGUGGUACAGCAGCACAUGUUGCCUCCAAAGAAAUUUGUUCUCCUCUCAGCACAGGGAAGUCUUAUGUUUCAUAAACUUAGACCUGUAGAUCAACUGAGACACCUACUUGUGAGUAAUGUGGGUGGAGAUGGAGAAGAGAUUGAAAGAUUCUUUAAAUUACAUCAGGAAGACCAGGCUUGUGCAACCUGCCUUAUCCUUGCUUGUUCCACUGCUGCCUGUGAUAGAGAAGUAUCUGCAUGGGCCACUCGGGCUUUCUUCAGGUACGGUGGUGAAGCACAGAUGAGAUUUCCACCCACUCUCCCUGCUCCAAGUAAUGUUGGUCCCAUCUUGGGGUCUCCUGUCUACUCUAGUUCUCCUAUUCCUAGUGGUAGUCCAUAUCCAAAUCCAUCAUUUUUGGGAACACCGUCUCAAGGUGUACAUCCUCCUGCCAUGUCAACUCCAGUGUGUGUUUCAGGAAACCCAGCAACUCAGGCCACAAGUAUGAGUUGUAUGGCUGCACCAGAGAUUGUGUACUCUGGAAAACACAAUGGUAUUUGCAUUUACUUUUCUCGAAUCAUGGGAAAUAUCUGGGAUGCGAGUUUAGUUGUGGAGAGAGUAUUCAAGAGUGGCAACAGAGAAAUCACUGCAAUUGAAAGUAGUGUUCCCUCCCAACUGUUGGAGUCAGUGCUACAAGAACUAAAAGGUUUGCAAGAAUUUCUAGACAGAAACUCCCAAUUUGCAGGGGGACCAUUAGGAAAUCCAAAUACAACAGCCAAAGUGCAGCAGAGGCUGAUAGGAUUCAUGCGUCCUGAAAAUGGAAAUACCCAGCAGAUGCAACAGGAACUGCAGAGGAAGUUUCAUGAGGCUCAACUGAGUGAAAAGGUUUCACUUCAGGCAAUCCAGCAGUUGGUUCGAAAAUCAUACCAGGCUCUGGCUUUAUGGAAGCUUCUUUGUGAACAUCAAUUCACUGUCAUUGUAGGAGAACUUCAGAAGGAAUUUCAAGAGCAGCUGAAAAUCACCACCUUUAAAGAUCUGGUAAUCAGGGACAAGGAACUGACCGGGGCAUUAAUUGCUUCUCUUAUCAACUGCUACAUCAGAGAUAAUGCUGCUGUUGAUGGCAUUAGUUUACACUUACAGGAUAUCUGCCCACUUCUGUAUAGCACUGAUGAUGCAAUUUGUUCUAAGGCAAAUGAACUCCUCCAGCGUUCCCGACAAGUUCAAAAUAAGAUUGAAAAGGAAAGAAUGUUAAGAGAAUCCUUAAAGGAAUAUCAGAAAAUCAGCAAUCAAGUGGACCUUUCCAGUGUUUGUGCUCAGUAUAGACAAGUCCGUUUUUAUGAGGGUGUAGUGGAGCUCUCUCUUACUGCUGCAGAAAAAAAAGAUCCUCAGGGUCUUGGACUUCAUUUCUAUAAACAUGGAGAACCAGAAGAAGACAUCGUGGGACUGCAGGCUUUCCAAGAAAGAUUAAACAGUUACAAGUGUAUUACAGAUACACUUCAAGAAUUGGUAAAUCAAAGUAAGGCUGCUCCUCAGUCUCCCAGUGUACCCAAAAAACCUGGGCCUCCAGUAUUGUCAUCUGAUCCCAAUAUGCUGAGUAAUGAAGAAGCAGGACAUCACUUUGAACAAAUGCUUAAACUGUCUCAACGAUCCAAAGAUGAGCUCUUUAGUAUUGCCCUUUAUAAUUGGCUAAUACAAGCUGAUCUUGCAGAUAAGUUAUUACAGAUUGCUUCUCCAUUUCUGGAGCCACAUCUAGUCCGAAUGGCCAAAGUUGAUCAAAACAAAGUUCGUUAUAUGGAUUUACUCUGGAGGUAUUAUGAAAAGAACAGAAGCUUUAGUAAUGCUGCUCGUGUCCUGUCCAAAUUGGCUGACAUGCAUAGCACAGAAAUUUCACUUCAGCAGCGACUAGAGUACAUUGCUCGAGCCAUUCUUAGUGCCAAAAGUUCCACUGCCAUUUCAUCGAUAGCUGCGGAUGGUGAAUUCCUUCAUGAAUUAGAAGAAAAAAUGGAAGUUGCUAGGAUCCAACUUCAGAUACAAGAGACACUACAAAGGCAGUAUUCCCAUCAUUCUUCUGUACAGGAUGCAAUUUCUCAGCUGGAUUCUGAGCUAAUGGACAUAACUAAGCUUUAUGGGGAAUUUGCUGACCCAUUUAAACUUGCAGAGUGUAAACUUGCAAUAAUUCAUUGUGCUGGUUAUUCAGACCCUAUAUUGGUGCAGACACUUUGGCAAGAUAUCAUAGAGAAAGAAUUGAAUGAAAGUGUAGCGUUGAGCUCCUCAGAUAGAAUGCAUGCUCUUAGUCUCAAGGUUGUGCUCCUUGGCAAAAUUUAUGCUGGCACACCUCGCUUCUUUCCUUUAGAUUUUAUUGUGCAGUUUUUAGAGCAGCAAGUUUGUACUUUGAACUGGGAUGUAGGUUUUGUAAUACAGACAAUGAAUGAGAUUGGAGUGCCAUUACCUAGACUACUGGAAGUAUAUGAUCACUUGUUCAAAUCACGGGAUCCAUUCUGGAACAGAAUGAAGAAGCCACUGCACCUUUUGGAUUGUAUACAUGUACUGUUGGCAAGAUAUGUUGAGAAUCCUAGCCAGGUUUUAAAUUGUGAGAGGAGAAGAUUUACGAAUCUGUGCCUGGAUGCCAUUUGUGGUUAUCUGGUUGAGCUUCAGUCUAUGAGCUCUUCAGUGGCAGUACAAGCCAUCACGGGAAAUUUUAAAUCUCUCCAGGCUAAACUAGAACGGCUUCAUUAAUUAUUGUAAUGUAUUGUCGUCCAUGCAUUUUAAUCUGUAAAAUAAAAGCUCAGUUGGGUCCAGAUAUCAGGUGCUUUAAAUCUAAGAAUUUAAGAACAAUUUUAAUAGAAAUGUGUUUUUAACAAGUGGCUAAUAUCUACAAACAGUACAUUUGCCAGAUGAAUUAUUUUUUAUUACUAUUUUGUUUUUUAAUAAUCAGGUUUAAAAAACAAGUGAAAUAAGAUUACUUAACACAAAGAUAAAAACAUUUAGAAAUUCUUAUUUUUAAUUUAAUGAAGGCAGAAAUUUUGAAUUUAUACUAUUCAUUUUCAAGUUAGUCCAAGGAUGUUGAUAUCAAAACUUCAAUAGGCUAGCUGAGCAAGUCCCAUAACACUGGAUUCUACAGUAAUCCUAAUAUAGGCAAAUAAACACUGUCUCUUAAAAAAUCAUUUAGGUUUGGGUUCAUCUUUGGAAAGAAAUUUCUUCUACCUACUAAUUUUGUCAAUUGUAAUUCUUGAAGAUAUUCUUGGCUGUUUUUUGAGCAGGUGGCAAACGUGUAACUAAUAUUCUAUGUCCUAAAAACCUACACAAGGAGAUACUGUUUUCCAUUUAGUGUCUACCUACCAGUCCUUGUGACUGAUUACCGACUGCAUUAAAGCAGUGGUUCUCAAAGUGUGUGCACCAAACCAGCAUAGAAGCCUCAUCUGGGAAUUUGCUCCCUGUUUGAUUCUUUUUCCUCCCAAUCAGUAACCACAACAAAUGAGUUUUACCCAAGACACAAUAUAUAAAGUAAAAUUGUUAGUAAUGUAGUUUUUAGUCUUCAACAAAUUGGAAUAACGAAACCAAGUCAUGGCAACAACAAGGAAGGAGAAUAGAGUGGGAAUGACCAGGACUAACAAAAAAGCAAGGACAUGGACUUCUUUCCUCUCACCUGUUAUGCCAUCAAGAGUAAUUACCUUCUGCUUAUUGUCAUUGAAGCAGGUUUAACAAUUUUUAUAGUACAUUUUGAAAAUAAUUUUCCUUCCCGUUUUUUCCCAAGAUCAUAGGUUGACCUUUUUUGUAUUUAUUCUCUUAGAAUUUAGCUCCCUUUUUCCUGUAAUCUAAUACAUAAUAUUUAAUAGACUGUCAAAAUGUCACUCAUUAGGUACCACUACCUCUCAUAUUUUUCAGCUUUCAGUUCCUUAAGUUCAGUUUUUUUGAAUAUGUAAAAUGAAUGUAAGUUAUGCAUUGUUAAUCUGUAAACUUAAAAUUCUUUACGUCUACUUAAAAUGAAAGUCUUGCUUAAAUGUUAUUUAGCUGUGACUCCAAUUCUGCUAUAAAUAUAUAUAUUUUUAAGCCCAUUUACACACAAGCAUAUUAAUAUAUAUGUUAAAUAUACUCAACUCACGAUAUUGAAGCUACAUCUUUUAAAAGGACUGUAAGCUAGCAUGGCUAAAUGGUCCUUAGGAGUCAGACAUCUGAACCCUGUUCCUUUUAUCACAGAGCACUUUUGAGAGGGUUUAACAGUUCCAGCUGCAUAGCAGAUGUUUUCCAUACCCUUGGGAGGGAGAGAUCCCUAAGAGAACUUAGGUCCCCUCCUUUUUAGCUCUCUAGAACAGUGUUUCUAAAACUUGUAAUUUGUAAGAAUCACCUGGAUAACCUGCUAAAACAGAUGUUCCACCUCUAAUGUGAUGCUGAUACUGGUGGUCAGUGGAUCAAGCUUGGAGUAGCAUUGUUCUAGCACAUUUAUCCACUGUAUUAAUAUAUCUUGUACUUGUUUAUUCAACACAUUAUUUCUUUAUAGUGACUAUUAAACAUAUACAGGCAACGAAUAAUAAGUUGAACAUUAUUUAUGAAACAGUGCAUUCAUCGUAGGCAAUGACGAGUCACUGAAGAUCUUGAUUGUGACAAAUUUUUUUAGGUAGAUCAUUUUCAUUUGGCAAAAUGGUCAGGAAAGAAGAGAAAAAUCUAUUUUGAGUAACUGUGCAAGGUAUGGGAUAUUGACCCUGAAAUGCAUGUGAUGUAUGUUCAACAUUUCUUUAGUUAUAACAUAUGUGACUUACUAGUGACUUUUUCAUUGAACACUUCUCUGCUAAUCACUUGCAUUUCCUCCACGUUUAUGUUAUAUAGUUAAUUUCAAUCUCAGGAUUCACAGAUUGCUCAUUCUCUUCCUCAGGAUACUUCCCACCUCUUUUUUCCUCUUACUCAUGAGAGGAAAAAUUAUGAUAGUGAUACAGUUGUAUCAAGAAAAUGAAGAACUGGAAUAUUGAAUGUAAAGGUCUUGAAAGGGCACAUAAUUUUCUUUCAUUUUCUAUCAGUUUCUUCAUUUAAAUUCUCUUAAUAAAGCUUUUUUUUCCAGAA